UUGUUCUGCACUUCCUGGUUGUGUUUCUGUAAACAUGCGCUCUAUAGUGGGGUUAGCAUUUAUAAUUUUAAUUUCUACUUUAUAUCUGUAUUGUCUGUCCUCUUAUCUCCCUCCGGUACCGAGUCUCAUCCAACAGAACCGAGUGGAAGCAGAGGAAGAGCCGGGAGGAGAGAGAGAAGUGAUCAGGUCAGAGUUACAGUUGAAGUUCCCAUCUGAUCUGCAGGAGUUAAAGCAGAUGGCCGGGUUGUUAAAGUUCUAUAAGAGGGAACACAGCGGCUUUGUCCUACUCCUGUUCUCCAGCGCUUAUCUGUACAAACAGGCCUUCGCCAUCCCGGGGUCAUCGCUACUGAACGUCCUGGCGGGGGCGCUGUUCGGACCCUGGCUGGGUCUUGUGCUGUGUUGUGUUCUCACCACUGUAGGAGCCUCGAUGUGUUUCCUGCUCUCCCACUUUUUCGGCAAGCAGUACAUCAUCCGCAUAUUCCCAGACAGGGUCGCCCAGCUGCAGAGAAAGGUGAUGGAGAACCGCAGCAGUUUGUUCUUCUUCUUGCUGUUCCUGCGUUUAUUCCCCAUGAGUCCAAACUGGUUCCUCAACAUGAGUUCUCCAAUCGUCAACAUCCCGCUCACAUACUUCUCACUCUCCGUUCUCAUCGGUCUGAUGCCGUAUAACCUGGUGUGUGUACAGACGGGCGUGGUCCUGUCUGACCUGUCAUCUCUGGACAACGUGUUGUCAUGGAGCAUGGUGCUGAAGCUGCUGCUCAUCGCCUGUGCUGCCCUACUACCAUCCGCCCUCAUCCGUCACUAUGGAAACGCACACAAACAUACAGCAUACACACAGCCGGAACAGAAAGAUCGCUGAUGUACUACACUCACGCACAGUUUACACUGGACUUUUAAAUGUUUGUAUAGGUGCUAUAUUACUGUGUGUGUGUAUAAUUUUUUUUUUUUUAAUGUCAUGUGAUCACCUCAUGAUGAAUGGACCAGUAUAAAUACUUCAAAUGAACUUGCAAUAGAAUCCAGUACAUCUGUUGAACAACAAGCAAAGAUUCAGCGAAUAAGAAAUCUUUGUUAUAAAUGUAAUUAAAGGCAAAACUAGUUUUUGACUUGUUACUAACUUUAACCCUUACCUCUGUACUUAUAUACACAAGUGGAAAACAAAA